CGGUAGGCUCCAGCUCCAAACCAGUUAGUUACUCCAUGAGAGCCAAUUUAGCCACUAAAUGAAAGUGGUCAGACAGAUUUAUGGCUCAGAGUGCUUCACUCCAUCUACAUCGCUGUCUUUUACCCUACCAACUGGGCAGGGCAACAACGGAGCAUUCUAGGAAUCGUGAGUGCAGUAUGCACAUCUAGUUGGAGACCACCAUCACCUAUCCUCACUCUUCUCAUUAAUGCCCAUCCUCUUAUUUCUCUCGUGCUAAAAUGGUUCAUCGUCUUCCUUCACCUCCAUCGCCAAUUUAUCAUUUGAACUGUUUUCCAAACUUCAUUUCAAGACUUGGAUUCAAUAAGGCAUAAGGCCAGCAGUGUUGGGAUUCUGUCUAGUGUCUAUCUCAUCUGGGUGUCGUUUAAGCGUCUCAAAAUGCCGAAACCGAAAAUAACAAUUUAUAUUAUAUGAUAAAUGAAAUAACAAUUAAACACUUACUUCCUUCAAUUGAAAUUAUUAAAAAUUACUCAACACUCAGACAACAAGAAAUAAUCCACAAGUUCAUGGAGGCAUAGUUUAAUAGCUGACAAAGUUUUUGAGCAAUUGUAAAAUAUUGGGAUAGAAUAUUUAGUUUGUAAAUGAUAUUAAUUUCCCCUUUGAUACUGAUCACCGCUUAGCUUCAUCUAAAAGUGUUCACUUACUCCGUCGAUAUGUUCUCGAUACCUAACUUAUCAUGGAACCCCUAAACAAAGUGUGGCUAUCCAUCUUGUAAGAUGGAAUUUUACUUCAGAAUUUGAGAAUACUCAAAUCAAUCCCUCCUCAAUCGCGUCAUCAUCUUCGUCUCGAGUGGGUCUAGGAACUUACCUAACUUCCACUUAUUUUCCACUGACUAAAUCAGCCAGUAACAAGCACAGAGCGAGCCAGUGAUUUUCUUAACCACACCGCUCCCCAAGCAUUGCAUCGUCACUCGGGGAAACUAAGCUUAUAAUAAAUUCACUAAUGAAGGGUGUCACUGAGAAGUGAGAACAUUAGGUGAUGUAUGUAUUCCGAGGCCGUGUGCAUACAUAUAGAAAUCAAUACUACUUUUUCUGAGCCAAAAAUAUUGCUGGAAGUGGCUGCAUGACAGAAUUUGAAAUCGAUCUCAGCUUCUGCUAAUUCGGAUGCGUUGAAUGACUGGUGCAAGCGACUGGAUAUGCCGAGUCGUCGUCCCCUAACGACGUUCCGUUACUAUCCAGUCGGGUUGAAUCCCCUAGCGGGCGCCCGAUCUGUCUUCUGGCUGCGCUGGUACUGCUGGAUAUCUUCAUGUUAGUCUUUCCUCUGUCCUUUUCUACUUUCAUUCGCACCUUAGCUUAUUAUUAGUUCAUCCCCUUACAGCCAAAAGUUAUAAUCUAUGACAACUAUAUCAGAGCACUGCCAUAAUUCAAUGGUUGGAUGUUUAUGACUUUCAAUUAGCAGCUGAUCAAUGGGUUUUUGUUGAUGUGUAGCAGUAGUCCACGUCAUCAGACUGCAAGAUUCUUCGAGCUCGUCGAGAGACCACAGCUUCGGGAUGAUGAUGAGCUCGUCGGAUGACGACAUCGACGAUGAGAUCAACGACACCCAAAUAGCCACCCGCGACCUCCACAAAUUGAGCAGCACCAAGACCAAAGAGCGCUCAAGGCAGCGCUCAUCGGCGGACGACGCCGCCGCCGGCGAAAAAUGGAUGAAGGAGACCGCCACGUCCUCCACCGUCGUCGGGUCCCUCAUCAUCACCAUCAUGUUCACGGCCGCGUGCACCGUCCCGGGGGGGAACAACCAGGAGAAGGGCACGCCGAUUCUGCUCCACGACAAGGCGUUCAAGAUCUUCAUCGCCUCCGACGCUCUGUCCCUCUUCGCCGCCUCCACGUCGGUGCUGAUGUUCCUCGGGAUCCUUACGUCGCGCUACGCUGAGGCCGAUUUCCGGCGAUCGCUGCCGACCAAGCUGGUGAUCGGGCUGUCGACGCUCUUCGUCUCGAUUGCUGCCAUGAUGGUGACGUUCUGCGCCACCGUGAUGAUCGUCAUGGACCACCGGCCGUUGUACGUGGUUCCGAUUGUGAUGAUGGCCAGCGUUCCGGUGACGCUGUUUAUGUUCCUGCAGUUUCCUUUGCUGGUUCAGAUUUUCAGGGCGACUAAUUAUGGGCCCCACUCGAAUCAGUUUGACCGGAAGAUGAAGCCCUGGCUUUUGAGUCUUUGAACGGAAGAUUGGGGUUUUGUCGUUUGUUGAUUAAUGAAGUCGUGUUCAUGAAUAUAUAUUGUGUAAAUAUAAGGCAGUACACAACAUAUGUAGAAUCGGUUGCUAGUUGCUACUCAGCCUUUGUAAUCCGCUUCACUUAUUUGACAUUUUGUUUUGUGUUUUACGUUUUUUUUAGUUCAGAAUUUAAAGUUUAGGACAUGCCUAUGAUAAUUUGCAAAAUGAUAGACAUCUUCAACUAAGUUGUCUACCACUUGAGUCAACGAGGCUAUCGCUUCCGGAAAUGGGUCGACCUGAUGACACAUUUACCUUCAAGUGAUCUACCACUUGAUGUACCCGGUCUACUGCUUUCAACAAUGGGUCGACCUAUGACACACUUACCUUCAACUUACACCUGCUUGUUGGAGGAGAUAAAUCGCUUUGGCCAAA